CGGGCGCUCCCUCCCGGGUCGGGGAAAGUAACCUGGAGCCGACGUCGCACCCUCCCGGGACUCCGGCCCGGCGGCUCCUCGCUCCAGGGCGGCGUCGCAUCGAGUGCCCGGGGAGCAUCGCCGGGGCGCGGGGAGGUAUACAAGAAUUAAAUUCUGAAUAAGUCUACAAGUAGGAUGGACAGUUAUUUUAAAGCAGCAGUCAGUGACUUGGACAAACUCCUUGAUGAUUUUGAACAGAAUCCAGAUGAACAAGAUUAUCUCCAGGAUGCACAAAAUGCAUAUGAUUCUAACCGCUGUUCAGUUUCUUCAGAGUUGGCUUCCUCACAGUUAACUUCACUGUUACCAAAGGAUCAGCAAUGCAUUAAUUGUGGUGUCUCAUCAGAAACAUGCUAUGAAACAAAUCAGAUUUCACCGAACGAAAAAACAGAUGAGGGACUAACUUCUAUACAAAAUGAGAAAAACGUAACAGGACUUGAUCUCCUUUCCUCUGUGGAUGGUGGCACUUCAGAUGAAAUCCAGCCUUUAUAUAUGGGACGAUGUAGUAAACCUGUCUGUGAUCUGAUAAGUGACACGGGUAACUUAGUUCAUGUAACUAAUAAUGAAGAAUAUAUUAAAAAAUUAUUGCCAGAUGAUUUUAAGUCCAGUGCAGAUUCUUUGAUUGGAUUGGAUUUAUCUUCAGUGUCAGAAACUCCUUAUGUUUCAUCCACAGACCAUGGUAAUAAUGCUGUUGGAGAAGAACAAAAUUAUGUCAACUCUGAAUUACAAAAUAGAGAAAUCAGUGGCACUAAUGAAUUGCAUACAAACACAGAUACAACUCUUUCAGAUUCAUGUAAUUAUAGUGGAAAAGAAAAUUUAAAGGAUAUAAAGAUCCCUAAUCAUUUAGAACCAGUUGAUGAUUUGAACAUGCCAUAUGCCUUGAUUCAACAAAGUUCCAAAAUGUCUGACGCCAAAGACAACCUACAACACAAGAACCAGCCAUGUGAGUUAGUAAAAGAGGAUGGCUGUGUGGUAAAAGAGGAGGUACAUGUGGCGGUCAUCGCUGCCACAGAAUGUUUAAAAGAAAGAGGCAGCCCAAAAGCUUUGCCUUGCAGUCUUCCAAAAAAUGAAAGUUUAUCCUUAAAUAAUUCGAAUUUAAGAGAUGAAAGUUUCAAAUUACCUGACUUCUUUCAAGAAGAUAGGACUGCUAUAUUUAUAAAACAAUCUGCAAAAGAAGACUCAAAUUUAGGUCUUAAAGAUAAUACAGAUGUAAUCCAAGAUUCUUCAGCUUUACAUGUUUCAAGUGAAGAUAUAUAUUCCUCAUUGUCCUCUCUUCCAGUACCUGGGUCUUUGUGUGGAUCAUUGAUUGAAAGUAAAACACAUGGUGAUUGUUUACAUCAGGAUGAGCAUAAAGAUAAUACACAAGAACCAGUAGCUGUGCAUGAAGAAAUAGAGAAGAGUGUUAUUCUGGAUGGGGAAACAUUGAAGGAGACUGAUCUUUUGAAACAAGAAAAAUGUAAAAACAUACUUCCUCAACCAUUAAUUGAAAAGAUAGGAGAUGAAGAGGAAGAUCCUGACCAGAAGGAAAUCAGAGUUGACUCUUUGGAUUACUCUAAUAACACCAAUUCUUCUACAGCAGAAUCUCAAAUGGAGCUUUUGGGUGCAAAUGCCCCAGAGUCUUCCAGUCAUUGUGAAGGUCUCACUUUUUUAAGCAAUGAUAUUGAUGGACAAGACCUAGGUUACUUUAAUAUUGAUGAAGGCGUAAAAGGUGGCACACUAGUCAGUGAUGCUGAACUUGACGCCUUUCUAACUGAACAGUAUCUUCAGACAAGGAACAUAAAGUCGUUUGAAGAAACUGUAAGUGACUCAAAAUCUCAAAUGAAUGAGAUAGAUUUGAAAAGCCCAGAUGAUGGAAAUGUCAGUAAUAUGUACUUCAAUGCUGAAGCAGGAGCUACUGGGGAAAGUCCUGAUGAAACAGUUGAUGAACAAAAUACAACAGAAAUUAGUAGCCUUUCUUUAGGGGAAAAAAGUACAAUUCCAAUUGAACAAGCAUUAGUUAGCAGUAAAUCUGAAAUUACUAGUGAAUUGUCAGUCUCUGAUUUUAACAGUCAAUCUGUUUAUGUUGGAGGGGCCAGACCUAAGCAAUUUAGCAUUUCAUCAAGAACAAGGAGUUCAAAAGAACCAAAUAAGACAGGUGUUCCAACUGUGCCUGAAAGUGAACCCAGCAUAACCAUUGCUCCAACAACUUGCACUACAAAUUCUAUAACUGAUCCUCAGGCUAGUUUUAACUCUAAUUACAUUGAUAUAGAAAGUAAUUUUGAAAGUGGAUCCAGUCUUGUAACUGCAAAUGAAGAAUCUCUACCUGUAAAUACUUGCAAAGAAGGCUUGGUUUUGGGCCAGAAACAGCCGACGUGGGUUCCUGAUUCAGAAGCUCCAAACUGUAUGAACUGCCAAGUCAAAUUUACCUUCACAAAACGGCGACACCACUGCCGGGCAUGUGGGAAGGUAUUUUGUGGUGUUUGUUGUAAUAGGAAGUGUAAACUGCAGUAUCUAGAAAAGGAAGCAAGAGUCUGUGUGGUCUGCUUUGAAACCAUUAGCAAAGCUCAGGCAUUUGAAAGGAUGAUGAGCCCAACUGGUUCUAAUCUUAAAUCUAAUCAUUCUGAUGAAUGUGCCACCAUCCAGCCUCUGCAGGAGACCCAGACAUCAAGUGUACCUUCUUCACCUACAACCUUACCAAUCUCAGCCCUUAAACAUCCAAGUGUUGAAGGAUUAUGUUCCAAAGAACAGAAGAGAGUAUGGUUUGCAGAUGGUAUAUUGCCCAAUGGUGAAGUUGCAGAUACAGCGAAAUUAUCAUCUGGAAGUAAAAGAUGUUCUGAAGACUUAAGUCCUCUCUUACCAGACCUGCCCUUGACGGUAAACACAGUGGAUCACGCCUAUUCUGCUACAUUGGAAAAACCAAACAAUGAAAUAGGAGAUAUUACAAGAAAUGAGAUAAUUCAGAGUCCUAUUUCUGAGGUUUCAUCUGUGGAAAAACUGCCCAUAAGCACAGAAACUGAGGGGUUACCUACUUCUGGAUCUUUUACACUAGAUGAUGAUGUUUUUGCAGGAACUGAAGAACCAUCUAGUCCAACAGCUGGUGUUUUAGUGAACAGCAAUUUACCUGUUACUAAUACUUCAGAUUAUAGGUUACUAUGUGGUAUUGACAAGAAUGUGGGCAAUAAGAUUAGUCUUCUACCUAGUGAUGAGGACAGCUUGCCCCCUCUUCUGGUUACAUCUGAAGAAAAGGAAUUAGUGCCUGUAGUGGAAGAACACCCAUCUCAUGAGCAGAUCAUUUUGCUUCUUGAAGACAAAGCUUUUCACCCUGUUACAUUUGUCCUAAAUGCUAAUCUACUUGUGAAUGUCAAGUUAGUAUUUUAUUCCUCAGACAAAUAUUGGUACUUCUCAACCAAUGGAUUGCAUGGCUUGGGACAGGCAGAAAUUAUUAUUCUAUUGUUAUGUUUGCCAAAUGAAGAUACUAUCCCUAAGGACAUCUUCAGACUAUUUAUCUCCAUAUAUAAGGAUGCUCUAAAAGGAAAAUACAUAGAAAACUUGGACAAUAUUACCUUUACUGAGAGUUUUCUCGGUAGCAAGGACCAUGGAGGAUUCCUAUUUAUUACACCCACUUUUCAGAAACUUGAUGAUCUCCCCUUACCAAGUAAUCCUUUUCUUUGUGGAAUUCUUAUCCAGAAGCUAGAGAUUCCCUGGGCAAAGGUUUUCCCUAUGCGUUUAAUGCUGAGAUUGGGUGCAGAAUAUAAAGCAUAUCCUGCUCCUCUAACAAGUAUCAGAGGCCGAAAACCUCUUUUUGGAGAGAUAGGACACACUAUAAUGAACUUACUUGUUGACCUUCGAAAUUUCCAGUAUACCUUGCAUAAUAUAGAUCAGCUAUUGAUUCACAUGGAAAUGGGGAAGAGCUGCAUAAAAAUACCUCGGAAAAAAUACAAUGAUGUAAUGAAAGUGAUAAAUUCUUCUAAUGAGCAUGUCAUUAGCAUUGGAGCUAGUUUUAGUACAGAAGCAGAUUCUCAUCUAGUCUGUGUACAGAAUAAUGGAGUUUAUCAGACACAGGCCAACAGUGCCACUGGCCACCCUAGAAAAGUGACAGGUGCAAGUUUUGUAGUAUUCAAUGGAGCUCUAAAAUCAUCUUCAGGAUUUCUUGCUAAGUCCAGCAUAGUUGAAGAUGGCUUAAUGGUGCAAAUAACUCCAGAGACCAUGGAUGGCUUGCGGCUAGCUCUACGAGAACAAAAAGAUUUUAAAAUUACAUGUGGGAAAGUUGAUGCCAUAGACCUGAGAGAAUAUGUGGACAUUUGCUGGGUAGAUCCUGAAGAAAAAGGAAACAAAGGUAUUAUUAGUUCUGUGGAUGGAAUGUCAUUACAAGGAUUUCCAAGUGAGAAAAUAAAACUGGAAACAGAUUUUGAAACUGAUGAGAAGAUUGUAAAGUGUACUGAGGUGUUCUACUUUCUAAAGGACCAGGAUGUGUCUAUUUCAGCAACUCGUUACCAGUUUGCAAAAGAAAUAGCCAUGGCGUGUAGUACUGCACUGUGCCCUCACCUGAAAACUUUAAAGAGCAAUGGGAUGAACAAAAUUGGCCUCCGAGUGUCCAUCGACACUGAUAUGGUUGAAUUUCAGGCAGGAUCCGAAGGCCGACUUCUUCCUCAGCAUUAUCUAAAUGAUCUUGAUAGUGCUCUAAUACCUGUGAUCCAUGGGGGAACCUCCAACUCUACUAGUUUACCAUUAGAAAUAGAAUUAGUAUUUUUCAUUAUAGAAAAUCUUUUUUAGUGAAAAGAUAUUAGUGAAUCAUAGUAUUUAUAUUGCAACUGAUUUGUUAAAACUAACUCCAGCACUAAACCUAAAAUGCCAUGAACACUAAAAGUAAAUAUGUUUAAUGUUUGAAACACAUAGAAAUUUUGCUUUAUAGGCAGGAAUGAUUUUUUAAAAAUCAUUAGCACAAUUUCAAUCUCUAAAAACUUAUGCGAUCCAGUUUUUGAAGAUUUACACUUAAUAAAAAUACUAAAAAGACAAGGAUUGCUUCUGUCUUCAAGAAAUUUGUAGCAUUUAUUGUGUUGUUUAAAUGCUAUGCCAAGGUAUCUGCACUUAGUAAUACCUCUUUAUGCCAAGAUCAGUUUUAAUGAAGGCUCUUUUUCAGAUGUAACCUUAUAAAGCGAAAUAUCUCUUCUGUAUAUGGCAGUGAGAUUACUGGUUUCUAAAGUCUGUUAAAAAUAUACUUCAAUGGCGCAGACCAGUUUCCAUAUUAGACUUAAUAUGAUGUUCUUUGAAUAAGGCAGACAACUUAUUUGUAUAAUUGGAGUGGAGCCCUACCUCCAUGACUAGAUAAACUCUUGAUUGUUUGGAUUAAAAUCAGAAUUUUCCCUUUUUCUUCUCAAAUUAUUCCAUAUAUGGUUUUCUCUUGAUUAAAUGGGUAUUCUUAAAAUAACUGUGGGUGCUUCACGAUUCUGUGCUUCUAUAUUUAAGUAUAUUGUUUUUAUAGUGAGAACAUGUCAUUUGGUAUGUGUUUUAUAAAUCUUUAAUAAUUUAUAAAUAGGCAAUAUUUUUGUAUUGCACUAUAUUAUUUUUUCUCUUUUCUUUCCAAAGUAUACCACUAUAUUUGCCACUUAUAUAAAAAGUGAUUGACGACAGGCCAGAUGACCCUUGAAAUAGUCAUUAUGUAGCAAUAAAAUGAAGCAUGAAACAAAUUUUUAUUAUUUUGACUUUAAACCUUAGAAGUUUCUUGGCAAGUCUACAUAUUUUCAUUGACACUGAUGUAUUUAUUAUAAACUUCAAUGAACUAAUUACUUUUGCAUAUUUUAAAUUCUUUAUAUGGUAGUUAUUUUUUAUAACCGAAUAUUAACAUAAGUUAAAUUCUAUGUAUUUAAAACUAUUACAGAACUUUCCUCUUUACUUCAAAAAGCAAAAUAAGAAAUGUUGUGUUAAAAAAAAGUUAUGAGUAUAUUUUUAGUUAGUACUGUCAUUUAAGUUAUAUAAAAUAUAAUCAUAUUUUGAUGCUUUUUUUUAUUCUUAAGUGAAAUAUAUAUGUUUUUGUAUAAAAAUCUUGUAUAUCUCAAGAAAAAGAAAUUACACUAAAGAGCCCUCUUUUAAAAAAGAUAUUUAGGAAGUAUCUCAACUUGAAGACCAAAAACAGUUAUAACUCAGGAACUGAGAGGUCUUAGGUUAGGAGAGGCUAAGAAUUUUAAUCAGAUUGGCCAUAUGGUUCCUACUAAAUCACAUCUGUAGUACUAGCCAAAGGCGGUAUAGAGGAGAAUAUCAGUCUUUUGGAAGUAGCUACUUCAAAAACAGUGUGAAAUGUUGCAAAUAUUAAAUAAAAUGAUAACAUAUAACUUGUGAAAUUAAUUGCAAUAGCAUAAGGUAAAAGCAAUGACAUAUUAAACUCAAUUUGUUUUCUUUAUAUUGUGUUUAUUUUGCAAUAUAAAUUAUUGCACAAUCUAAAUAUAAAAUAAACAAAUAGUAGAGGGCUCUUCCAUAAUGAUUUGUUUUUUGAAAAAAACUACAUUUCAUAAUAAUUGGAAUUAUGUGCUUUUGGAGGCAUCUUUUAAAGUAUUCUUUGAAAUCCUAGCUGGUUUGGCCCAGUGGAUAGAGCGUCAGUCUGUGGACCAGAGUCCCAGGUUAGAUUCCAGUCAAGGGCACAUACCGUGGCUGCAAGCUCCUCCUGGAGCCCGGGUCCUGGUCGGGGCUCCUGCGGGUGGUAGCCAAUCGUUGUGUAUCUCUCACAUCGAUGUUUCUGUCUUCCCCUUUCCCUUUUACUCUCUCUAAAAAUCAGUGGGAAAAUAUCUUCGGGUGAGGCUAAA